CACUCUGGCUCAUGCAUUUUUCCCAUUCCGUGGUGAAGCUCAUUUUGAUAUGUCUGAACGAUGGACCCUGAUUGGUCUUAAAGGACACAACCUGUUCCUUGUGUCGGCCCAUGAAAUUGGCCACACUCUGGGUUUGGUUCAUUCACCAGUUCGCCAUGCGCUCAUGUCCCCGUACUAUAAGAAGAUGGGCUCUGCUCCACUGCUCAGCUGGGAUGACAUCGCUGCUAUACAACAACUCUAUGGUCAACCACCUGGGGAUACAGUGAAGCCGCUGGCAGGACGGGCUCUGAGAUGGGACAUGCAGGAUUGGCAGAUUCCUCAAGAUCCUACGGGAGGUUCCCUCAUACCCCACUACUGCCAGGGUUUCUUUGAUGCCAUCACCAUGGAUGAGAAUGGGACAGUGCUGGUGUUUCAGGGCCAUCAUUUCUGGACGGUGACUAAUGGCAGUGUGAGCGAUCCUCUUCCGCUUCAGACUCGCUGGCCGAAGCUGCCCUUGGCUAUUGAAGCAGCUGCUUUCUCCCCGCUGGACAGCAAACUCUACUUCUUUAAAGGAAGACGGGUGUGGCGUUACUCGGGCUCUGAUCUGGACCGUGGAUUUCCCAGGAGGAACAGUAAACUGGGCUUACCUUCUCACCCUGACUGCGCCUUCUUCUACCAGCCUCUGGGCCACAUGGUGCUCUUCAAAGGGUCCCGCUACUUUGUCCUGAACCUGGAGUCUUUGCGCAUUGAGCCGUACUACCCUCGUGCCCUGAGGGACUGGAAGGGGAUUCCCCAGGGGAUAAACGGCGCCUUGACUCGGCCCGAUGGAAAACUGUAUUUCUUUAAAGAGCGGCAGUACUGGAGGUUUGAUCCCAGGAAGCUGAGCAUUACUGCGACUGGACAGUGGGAAGGGAGGCUGCCAUGGAUCGGCUGCCACACCACUCCAUCAUAGUGAGCUACUCUGACCAGAAGAGGCAGUCAGACUAGAUCCACAAUAUUAAGAGGCGUUUGGGAUAUGUGCAAUUAAUGUAAGGCGUAAAGGUUUUGUCUGGGAAAGGACAGAAAAACGUAUGCAACGUAACGUAUGCAAGAGUACACUGGUGGUCAAAAGUUGGGAAUAAUGGGCUAUAUGCACGCAUAAGUUCCGCAUUUGACGUAAGGAUGCUCGUCCAUUUCCGGUUGUGUAGAUUAAA